AUGAAGAAGCUUUUCACAUUAUGGAGAAGGAAGGAUGAGCCCCACACCCAGCCCGGCUACAACCUUAGAGAUAAGGAUUUAAAGAAACUUCACAAAGCUGCCUCGGUCGGGGAUUUAGAGAAGGUGAAGGAGUAUCUUCAGCUCAAGAAACAUGAUGUGAACAUGCGGGACAGAGAACACAGAACAGCUUUGCACCUGGCCUGUGCUAAUGGAUAUUCAAAUAUUGUAUCUCUCUUAAUUGAGAAACAGUGCAAAGUAAAUGUCUGGGACGGUGAAAACAGAUCUCCAUUGACUAAGGCAGUACAGUGUGACAAGGAGAGUUGUGCUACUAUUCUUCUAGAACAUGGUGCAGACCCAAACCUGGUGGAUUUAUAUGGCAAUACUGCUCUUCAUUAUGCUGCUUGUCAUCAAAGUGACUCAUUAAUUGCAAAAUUGCUUGAACACAAAGCUAAUCUUGAAGCUCAAAAUAAGGAUGGGUAUACUCCACUUUUACUUGCCAUUACUGAAAAUAAUGCAGAAAUGGUAGAAUUUCUUCUGAAGAGUGGGGCAGAUGUGAAUGCUUCAGAUAAGAAUCAAAGAACAGCCCUUAUGAUUGCUCUCAGUGACGAACCAACAAGUUUAGUCAGUCUUCUUCUUCAGCAAGAGGUGAACCUAUCUUGUCAAGAUAUUAUGGAUUCACAGCUGAGGAAUAUGCUUCUUUCAAUGGUUUUACUAUGUAAGUGA